AUGGGGCAAUCUGUGUCGUUCCAAGAUGCGAAAUCAGAGGACAAAGCAGAGGAGAAAGAGGCCACAGCGAUAUCUCCGUACGGCGGUCCCGAAACGCUGCAGAUUUCGGGUGGAGAUAAGGAAGGGAACGCCUGGCAGUUCCAAGCCCGUGAACUAGGACUGUCCAAAACGACGACUCCUCUUCAAGUCACAGAACAGAUCGGAGGGGUCUCGCUCUCCGGUAAUGCCCAUAUCAGCGGCGGGAUCGUUGCUGGUGGGGACGUCCAUACGAAUGUGGUUGUCCAGCUACCCGACAAAGCGGUGAUUGCUGCGCAAGAACGGGCGCGGCUGAAGGAAGAGAGAGAGAAAGAAGCACAGGCUCGUGCGCGGCUCUUGAAAGAGAUACUGGAAUGGCUCGCACCCAAUGCGCACUUUCGAGCGGUGCAGAGCGCGAAUUUGGAGAAGUGCACUGAUGGGACGCUGUCGUGGUUCAUCGCAGCCGAGCUGUAUCAAUCAUGGAAGAAAGGUGGGAACCGUAUCAUCUGGGGCACUGGAAUCCCGGGGGCAGGGAAGACAGUGUUAGCCUCCAGAGCUAUACACGACCUCGAGCAGCACAGCAAUUCAGCGAAGGGCAGAGUAUGCGUUAUCUUCGCGUACUGUCGAUACUCCGAACCGCUCACUGUGCAGGAAAUCCUGGAAGCUCUUAUCAAGCAAUUCCUCGAAUGCGACCCUUCGCUGACGAGCAUCGUCGAACCCGUCUACACUCGCCACAAGUUUCUCCAAACACGCCCGACCCAGCGCGAACUCCUCGAUCUGUUGCAACAGCUGGAAAGUCACUUCGAGAUCGUGUUCUACGUCAUCGAUGGACUGGACGAAGCCGUGGUUGAAACCCAGUUCGACCUAAUCCAAGCAAUCAACCGUCUUCGAGGACGCUUUGCUUUGACUUCACGGCCGAUACGGAGACUGGAGCUUGGGCUGCCUGCUACCAAGUUCUAUCGGGUCGUCCCAGAUUCGUCGGAUAUUGUCCGCCUUGUAAACCAAAAGAUUGAUAAUGUUCCGGGAUUUGGAGAGCUCCUGGACAGGUAUGGCCAACGGCAGGAGCUUAUACGGAGGAUACAGAGCAAGUCGAGCGGGAUGUUCCUACAUGCCGCCCUCCAGAUAGAGAUCGUCAAUCAAUGCUUGACGAUCAUUUGCGUGGAGAACAACCUCAACCGUUUCCCUCCGGGACUGGAAGGCAUGUAUCAUGAAGCUGUGUCACGUAUCAACAGACAAACUCCCCCUGACAAUGUGGCCCUUGCUAAGCACGUGCUUUUGUGGGUCGUGUUUGCACACGAGGCCUUGACCUUACCCAUCCUCUGCCGCCUCUUACCCUUAACCUACGAAGGUGUCUUCUCGACCGACGACGAUUCCCUCGAAGGGGCACUGAUUGACGGGAGGUCUCUCGCAUCUGUCUGUUGUGGAUUGAUCCACAUCGAGACGCAGACGAAUUUAGUCCGCCUCGUCCACUUUACAGCAAAGGACGUGCUCGUCCCCCUCCUGAUGCGCGACUUCCCAAAUCCUCAUGGACUACUGUUCCGGGCGGCCGCCCAACAGCUGGCGAGCCACGGCAUCGUCAACAACAGCACCCUGGCAACAUGCUUCGAACUAGAAGCGCUGCUCGACAGACACUCCUCUAUCCAUUACGCCUACAACCACUGGGCAUACCAUGCCAAGGAGUGCGCAUCUGAAUCAGACCUUUUUGCAGCGGAGGUCCUGGAUUUCCUCAAGUCCUGUACCUCUUUCCCAUUCAGAAUUUCAGAGUGGUCCCUCGUUCGGUUCUCCCCUCUCCAUGUCGCUGCGAGGUAUGGUCUCCACACCUUUGUAGACCAACUCGUGGAGGCAGCCAAGGGCGACAUCACUGUUCGCACUGAGGGGGACUGGGAUGCCACACCUCUCAUCGUUGCAGCGCGGUACGGGCAUACCGAGUUUAUCGAUCGAUUGCUCAACCUCAAUCGCCGGACGAUCCUCAAGGCUGUGCUCGGAGGCCACAGCAAGCCAGGAAUGCACCUCCUCACGGGCCAGAUCAAUAUUCGAGGUUCCGGUGGACGCUCUGCACUGAUCGAAGCAUCACUGCAUGGCCGCCAUGAGGCUGUAAAGCGCCUCCUCGAACACCCCGACGUCGACGUCAACUUGCAGUCGGACGCUGGCUGGACCGCGCUGUACUGUGCGAUGAACGAGCCGACGUACGACCUUCUCCUUGCGCGCAAGGAUAUCCAGGUGAAUGUAAAGGACAACUCGACAGGCGAGACUGUCUUGAUGAGAGUGGCGAAGCAUGGAGUCGAGUGGGCAGUCGAGCGGCUCCUCGCACACCGCGAUAUUCAGGUGAACGCGAUAUCCAAGAAUGGGUCGACGGCGCUCAUGUUGGCGGCGGAAGCGGGGCAUGCGGGGAUUGUUCGGCGGUUGCUUCGUCACAGAGAUAUCCGUCCGAAUAUGCUCUGUCGCCAGGGAUGGACGGCGCUGAUGUUAGCGGCGAGUAAAGGGCACGAAGGAGCUGUGAGGGAGCUGCUGGAGUUUGACGGGAUCGAUGUGAAUGUCAGGGCUAAUUGUACGCCUUUGAUGGUGGCUUCGACGCCUGCGGUGACGACCCUGUUACUUCAGUGCGAAGGGAUUCGGACGGAUUUGACGGACAGGGAAGGUCUAACGGCUCUGGGACGGGCUAAAAGGAACCCGCUACAUGUGGUUGUGGACGAGGAGAAGCGAAGAAACCUUGAAGGGAAGAUCGCGUUGCUUGAGGAGUAUGAGAAGGGUCGGGCGUGAGGAGGCAGAUGGCAUUCGGUACCAUGACAAUGUACGCAGGUUCUUGUACGUUCUAUAACUGAACAGUUGUAAUAGUGAUCUAAAAUUCAGCUCUGUGU